AUGGAAGCUGAGGCGGAACGCGUCCGCGGGAGCAAAAAGGUUCGCGUCGUAGCAGUCGAAGAGCUGUAUGUUUCUGAACGAGAGGGCAAUGAUUCCACUGGUGAUGGGACGCAAAAGAAACCAUUCAAGACCGUUUUAAAGGCUUUGAUGACAGCAGGAAAGGAACCGUUUCCUACUAUUUAUGUGGAUUCGCAAAAAGAAAACGAGAGAUGGGCCAUUAUUUCAAAGUCACAGAUGAAAAAUGUCAAAAAACUGUGGCACAGGGAACAAAUGAAGAAUGAAGCUAAGGAGAAGAAGGAGGCGGAAGAUCUCUUGAGGAGAGAGAAGAACCUGGAGGAAGCUAAGAAGGUUGUUAUCAAGAAUGAUCCUAGUCUUCCAGAGCCAAAAUGUGUAAAGAUUGAUGCUCUGGAGGCUUACAGAGGCCAGAGAGUGAAGGUUUUUGGCUGGAUUCACAGAUUACGGAGGCAAGGAAAAAAUCUGAUGUUCAUUGUUUUGAGAGAUGGCACAGGUUUUCUUCAGUGUGUCCUUUCAGAUGAACUGUGUCAGUGUUACAGCGGGCUAAUUCUCUCUACGGAGAGCAGUGUUGCAGUGUACGGUAUGCUGAACCUUGUUCCUGAAGGCAAGCAGGCUCCAGGAGGCCAUGAGCUGAACUGUGAUUACUGGGAGCUUAUUGGUCUGGCCCCAGCAGGGGGGGCUGACAAUUUACUCAAUGAGGAUUCGGAGGUUGAUGUGCAACUUAACAACAGGCAUAUGAUGAUUCGAGGCGAGAAUAUGUCAAAAAUCUUCAAGGUGCGCUCCAUGGUAGUACAGGCCUUCAGGGAUCAUUUCUUUGCCAAUGGAUAUUAUGAAGUCACACCGCCAACUUUAGUCCAGACGCAGGUGGAAGGAGGCUCAACCCUAUUCAAGCUGGAUUAUUUUGGUGAAGAGGCAUACUUAACACAAUCAUCCCAGCUCUAUCUGGAGACCUGCAUUCCAGCGUUAGGAGAUGUUUUCUGUGUUGCUCAGUCAUACAGAGCUGAGCAAUCCAGGACCCGCAGACACUUGGCAGAAUAUACUCACAUUGAAGCUGAAUGUCCUUUUAUAAGUUUUGAGGAUUUAUUGGACCGUCUGGAAAGCUUGGUUUGUGAUGUAGUAGACAGAGUCUUGAAAUCACCUGCAUCAAGCUUACUAUAUGACCUAAACCCGGGCUUCAAGCCCCCUAAACGUCCUUUCCGACGAAUGAACUAUACUGAAGCCAUUGAGUGGUUAAAGGAACAUGGUGUGGAGAAGGAAGAUGGCACUUAUUAUGAGUUUGGGGAAGAUAUUCCUGAAGCACCUGAGAGAUUGAUGACAGACACCAUCAAUGAGCCAAUCUUGUUGUGCCGAUUUCCUGCAGAGAUAAAGUCUUUCUAUAUGCAGCGCUGUCAUGACGAUUCCCGGCUUACUGAAUCUGUUGAUGUGUUGAUGCCUAACGUUGGUGAAAUUGUUGGAGGCUCUAUGCGUAUCUGGGACAGUGAGGAGCUACUCGAAGGCUAUAAGAGAGAGGGCAUUGAUCCCACGCCGUACUACUGGUAUACUGAUCAGAGAAAAUAUGGUACGUGCCCUCAUGGUGGAUAUGGUUUGGGACUAGAACGGUUCCUAACCUGGAUUCUGAAUAGACACCAUAUCCGAGAUGUCUGUCUCUAUCCACGCUUUGUCCAGCGCUGCAAACCUUAGCCGUCCUUGUGAUAAACUCCUAGAAAAUCGAGCAACUGAUGCUUGGAAAAGAACGAUACACUCUGCUAUACUACAGCCUGUCUGAGAACAAGACUUACUGCAACCUGUUGCUAAUACAAAUACUAAUUUAGGGCGUGAAAAUGAAAAUAAACAAAACCUUUUUUUUUUAAAGGAAAAUGCUACUAAUUAACUGGAAGAAGCCUUAGAAAAAAUUAUGUUGACUUGAGAGCAUAAAUGCACCUAAAACAAAGAUUCUGAUAAGUUGUCAUUUAAAAAACAAGAUACGCUUCUGCUUUUAAUUUCUGUGAAUUAAAAGAAAACAUGCUGGGCAUU